AAAGUCACGUGACGUCGCCAUUUUGUGUUUACGAUUGCAAGUUCCCAUGUUUUGAUAAGAGAGAAAAUCUUGUUUAUUAAAGAACCUGAAGGCCCCAAAGAGUUAUUUCUCAAACAAGAGAGAUAUAAUCUAACAAACAAAAUGUGGAAGAUACGAGAACUCACAGAUAAAGUCACAAAUGUUGUGAUGAACUACUCUGAAGUUGAGACCAAAGUCAGAGAAGCCACAAACGAUGAUGCCUGGGGUCCACAUGGCUCACUAAUGAAUGAAAUAGCCAGAUUCACAUUUACAUAUGAACAUUUUCCUGAAGUGGUCGGGAUGUUAUGGAAAAGAAUGUUACAGGAUAACAAAAAGAACUGGAGGAGGACAUACAAAUCUUUGUUAUUGUUAUCUUACUUGAUAAGAAAUGGAUCUGAAAGAGUAGUAACAAGUUCACGGGAACAUUUAUAUGAUCUGAGAGGUUUGGAGAACUACACAUUUACAGAUGAACAUGGCAAAGAUCAAGGCAUUAAUGUGAGACAAAAAGUAAAAGAUCUGAUAGAUUUCAUCCAGGAUGAUGAAAGAUUGAGAGAAGAAAGACGAAAAGCAAAGAAAAAUAAAGAUAAAUUUGUUGGACUGUCUGGUGAAAGUAGUGGUGACUUUAGAUAUAGUGACAGAUAUGAAGAAAAACCAAAAAAGAAAGAUCAAGAUGGUAGUAUGGAUGAAAUAGAUGACUUUGAUACAGGACGCAAGAGUAUAACAGAGGAAGCUGUAGAUAAAGUUAAAGGCCUGUGGAAUAAAGUUCAAGGAAGACAUGGUCCAGAUGAUAUUGUAGAUUAUAGUGCAAGCAGGUCACAAGAUAGUAAAAACAGCCAUCCUGAUUUUAGUUGGUGUUCAAAUAUAGUUUACCAGCCUGCAGGGGAAGAUGUCAAGGCUGAUGAUACAGAUAAUAGAUAUGAUGAUGGUAACAAAUCAGAUAGAUUAGACUUCAAAGACGAGGAGGAAUACACAUCAGUAGAGAGAACACAUACCACACAUACAGAAAAAAUUGUACGACGAUCACAAUCCGCUAAAAAAUUAGAUCUAGGAGCUGCAGCAUCAUAUGGGAAAAAUAAAAAUCCUGAUACAAUUUCACAGUCCAGCAGUAAUGCACCAGAUUUGAUAUCAGGAUUCGAUGAUUUUAAAAGUGCCAAUGAUUUUGAUCCAAGAGCCACAAAUACAACAGCAGUUUCAUCAACAUCAAAUGGUUUUGCUGAUUUCUCACAGUUUCAAGGUGCUACAUCACCUAAAAGUUCUGAAGGUUUUGCAGAUUUCCAACAGUUUAGUGCUCCAUCAUCUGGUCAAACACAGACAGCACCAAAUUCUGAAUUGUUUGAUGUAUUUACUAGUAGUGGCACAUCAUCGCCUGCUAUGCAACCGUCCAAUAACCCCAUCCAACCAAUGAACAAUAUGGCUCCUAUGAUGUCUAUGUCAUCUCAGCCAAUGAUGUCAUCUCAGCCAAUGAUGUCAUCUCAGCCAAUGAUGUCAUCACAACCAAUGAACAUGUCACAGCCAAUGGGAAUGAUGAAUCAGCCAGGAGUGGGACAGAUGUCUCAACCAAUGGGAACAAUGAACCAGCCAAUCAUGUCGACACAGGCAGCCAUGGGAAACAUGAACCAGCCAAUGACGAGCAUGGGUCAACAACCAAUGAACAAUCCAAACAUGAUGGGAAUGAUGAGUCCUGGUAUGGUGGGGAUGAACCAAAUGGCAAUGAACCAACAGGGAAUGUUUCCACAGCAAGGCAUGAUGGGACAGAAUGUUGGUAUGAGUUAUACCCCUUUGCAACCAGGACAAUCCAAUAUGAAAAAGCAAGAUGAGCCAGUUAAGCAGACGACAGUUUCUAAGGAAGAAACUGUAACUAGCACUGAGGUCAAGAAGAACUUGAAUACUUGGUCAGGUGAAGCUAGUAAAGUGAAUAUUGACUUAGAUGCACUGAGUCCUGCAAGUAAAUAUCAAAAUAAACAACAUCAACCAUCAAUGAACCAAUUACAGACUGGGCAACCUCAACCUGGAAUGGGAAUGAUGGGAAAUCAAGGCAUGGUGGGAAUUAAUCAAGGAAUGGCUGGUAUGCCUAUGAACCAACAGCAGCCAGGAAAUAUGAUGGGGCAACCAAGACCUAUGAUGACUGGAAAUAUGGGUAUGGGGAUGCCUAACAUGGGGAUGAUGGGUAAUAUGUCAACAACAACGAUGGGAAGUAUGAACAUGACGGCUAACGUGUCGGCAAAUGCUGCAUUCCAAAAGAAGACUGAUCAAGCUUUUAGUGCAUUUGGAAGCUUUAAAUAAACUAAAUGUGAAAAUUGAAUGCGUUAAGAACUGUUAUAUCUAUCUGUUUUCAGUGACUUACCCUCAGGUGUCAAUCAAACUGGUUCUUUUAUCUCAUUGGACUGGUUCCAACACUAUGUCACACGAUUUUUAAAUAUCCAUGAAAAUUUCAUUGCCCAUUUCUAAUUGAUUUUGUAAACUUCUUAAUAUUGUUAGUGACAAAUUGGGCAUUAUAGACCAUUUCUAGAUUGUAACUUGGUUGUUGUCACCUGACUUUUUUUUUAAGAUGAAACCAGCUGAAUUGUUAUCUGUUAUGAUCAGCUGAUUUCUGCAUCUGUGGAUUUAUUAUUAUUCAUGGGGUACUGAUUUUCGUGGAAUUAGUUGCUAUCAGUAAACUACAAAUUCAACUGUCCAGUAAAGUAUGAAUAUUUUAAAGGUUUGUAAGCAAAGGUUUGCAUAACAAUGAAAUCAAAUAUCCACAAAAUUACAAUUUUUCCUCAAACGAAAAUUGGUACCCAUGAAAAUAAUUUAAUCCAUAGUGUCUAUUUGUGUUAAGUAUAGUUUUUAGUUGUUGAAAAGAAAAAAGAAUAUGUGAAAGAUCAGGAUGAUAACAAAACACACUUCAGGAAGCUUUAACCUUCAGUAAAAGUACAAGAAUUACUGAUUUACUUUGAAACAAAUUAUAAAUUAUGCAAAAUUAAUUUCCGUUCAUAAAAACUUAGUUUCCUGAAAAUAGUGAUAACAGCAUUCUUUCCUUUUGAUUAGGAUAAAAACUUGUUAAGAAAACUGAAGAUGCAGAAGUAAAUUUCAAUUUUUGAUACAGAUCUUAAAAGUCAAUUAAGUUCCUUGAAUCCAUGUCAUCUUAAAUCAUUAUUUUGUAUUAUUGUGAUCUAAAUCUGUUAACUCUAUGAUUUCAUUUCUCAUUAUGAAUUUUAUUUUGACAAUAUUAAAUCAAAUUUUCUUUUUUUUUCUGCUUUGAAGUAAUAUUGAUGACAUAACAUUCCUAUCUUUGAUUUAAUUACAUUUUCACUUGUAAUGAAAUUACAGUGCUGGAUUUAAUUUUUAAACCAACAUUUGUAAUUUCAUAAAACAGAUGUAAAAUAUUCAUUUAAGGAAAACAGUUUCCAGGUUUAGAACUGGAGAUUUGUAAUUUUUAUGCUAGAGUUUUGGUUCUUGACCAGCUGUACAUUUAAUAAGUUUAUGCUUUUCUCUAAAAGUGCUAUAUUUAUUGUUGAUAUCAGCUUCAGUUUGGGUUCUUCAGAAGUUAGAGAUGUAUUCAUAUAAUGCUUUUUAUGUAGAAAUACUGAAUUUGUUUUAGGGAAAUUUCAGAUUUAACCUUAUAAAAAACGGUUUCUUUUGUUCUCUUUCUGUUAAUUAGAUAUCCUGUUUCUUUAUAAAAUUGGAAAAUAUUAGCUGGAGGGCCCUCAGAAAGAAAUUUUGUAGAACUUUUACUUUCCGUAAGGCAAUUUUUCAACUGAUUGAUUGAGCUGAUGACAUAUAGUAUAUACCAUUUUACCUUUUUGCUACUGAUUAUAGCAGACUCUGGCAUCAGUCUAGUGGUCAACAGUUUUCAAACCUUGCAUUCCAUCAUAAAAUCGCCGAAAGUUUUAAGCAGAUUUCUUAUUCAAUAUGUUCAAUCAAUUUGUCAUUCAAUUACCUAAAGUUUAAAAACUUUCAUUAGAAACAUAUCAAAUGGGCAUAAUAGUUACUGAUCUACAUUUAUUCACAUCACUUCUGGAUAACAGAAUUUAGCACUCAUUUUACAGUGGUACAUUGGCAUUGCCUGUUAUAAUUUAUAUCAUGUGUCUUGAAACAAUGCCGCACAUCUUAAGAGUACUGAUAAAACUGCAUCUUGAAAAUUCUUGUCAACAAGGAAUUUGUUUUUAAUAUAGAUUCUAUAGUUUUCACAGUACCAUUAUUUUUAUACUACUUAAAUUUGACUGUGAUAAAAUUAAUUUUUGGGGAAUUUGAAUAUGCCUGGACAGUUAAAAUGUGAAGGGUCCAAUGGCAUGGCCUUUCUGUCACAAAAAUAGGUGAAUAUAUGGGAAAUUCUAACAUGUGGAAUACCAAUAAUUUUGUGUAAACCUUGUUUAGAAUUUCUCAGUAUUAGCCUUACUAUGUUUGGUGGAGGAUAAUUCAUAGUGAAUUCAGUAUUUGGUUAAAUAAGUGCUGUUUAUGUAUAGAAUAAAUUAUUUUUGAAAUUUUAAUUUUAUUUAAAUUGAUUUUUAUAUUUGAUGCAUAUAUUUAUUGUUGGUGGAUGUGAAAAAGAUUGAACAAACUUUUCUGUGAAAGGUUUAAGAUAAACAACCUGACAUAAUGUGCAUUCAGAUGGCUUUGUAUAUCAGUAUUCAGUUACAAGUAAAAGAUGUGAAGUGAGCUGUAAUUGAAGUUUAUACUAAACCGGUUGUAAAAAUAACAUUCCAGUGUAAAGGGAAACAAUGCAUUCAUUAUCUGUAUACAUGUCAUUUAAUAAUGUUUCUGAGUAUAAAAGAACUUUUGAAUAGAGAGUCCUUAGUUUUAACCUGAUACAGCUAAUCUAAGCUAUCAAUGUUUUCUCAUUUAGGAAGAGGAAUGAAUAUAAUGUAUAAUUAUGAAUUUUCAGAGUGAUUUUUUUCUGAAUUUUUGGAUAUAUAUUUUUGAGUAUCCUGUUGCUGUUUUUUUCUUUCUUAUCAAAAUGCUAUCCUAGCAGAGCAUUCUUAUAAGUUCCCAUCAUGCAAUUCUAGCAAUCAAUUUUAGUGCCCAUUAUAGACAGGAUAAUUCUAAUGAAAUUCAGCUUAUAUUUUUAUUCAACAGAAUUUCAAUUCUAUUCAAUCCGAUUUUACUACAUUGAAAUUUCAGCUAAUUAGGAUUGUUUCUAUGAUUAUUAAAAGCUUUUAUUUAUUGUUCUUUUAUUGUUGUCACUUGCUAAGAAGUUUUAAUAUAAUUAUAAGAAAUAAUAUUUGUUAUUUUAUUAUGCAGAAAUCUGAUGAACAUACAUAGAGUUUUUUUUUAUGUAAUACUGAACAUGUCCAUAAACUAUAAAAAAUAUAAGCGUGUUAAACUGAUCAGAUAAUAUAUAUAUAGGUCAAAUGACGGUUUUUUCUUGAAUAUUCUCUUACUGAUAAAUACAAUGUUGAUACUUCUCAGCUAUCAUUCAGUUUGUAAGGAUUUCAUUUUUACAGUGUGCUUGAUUAAAGAAGAACAUGCUAAAAGGAGUAAUAUAUUCUUGUAAAACAUCAUAUUAAAUCUGUGAUUAUGUGUAGUUGUUAUAUUUUGUAUAUAUCUGUUUAAAUGGAAAUGUUGUGUAAAAGGUAUGAGUGAAUGAUCAACGAAAAACAAAUAAAGUUGAAUAUUGUA